GCGUCGCGCAAAUCUUGAUCUCUCCUCCGUCUCGCGUUCGUGCCAGUUGCAGCGUCGACGACGAUCCAGCGCGCCUGAGAAUCGGCUCCUCCUCUCGCCUAGGGUUUCGUCUCGAUCCGAUCCGACCCGACCCGAUCUGUCCAGCCCCGUCCCAUCCAUGGCCGGCAGUUUCCACCGGGGCGGCCCGUUGUACGGCGGCGCCGCCGCUCCCUACCGAUCCCAGGAGGGGCUCAGCACGAGGCCCGCGGGCGGCUCCGACGAGGUCCAGUUGCGGAUCGACCCGAUGCACGGGGACUUGGACGACGAGAUCACCGGCCUCCGCAAGCAAGUCCGGCAAUUGCGAAACGUUGCGCAAGACAUAGAGACAGAAGCAAAAUUUCAGAAUGAUCUGCUCAAUCAGCUGCAAAUGACGCUGAUCAAAGCACAAGCUGGUGUUAAGAACAAUGUGCGGAGGCUGAACAAGAGCAUAGUUCAGUAUGGUUCAAGUAAUGUCGUCCAUGUUGUGGCUUUUGCAUUGGUUUGCUUCUUCUUUGUCUACCUAUGGUCAAAACUUUCCAGAAGAUGAGGACUGCUUGUCUACUGCGGGGCUAGAGCAAUGAGCUGCUGAUUUACGGCUAGAGGGGUUUGCUAGGACACUAUUCAAUCUUCUCUCCACAACUCCACUGUAAAUUCUUUUUUAGAGAAAUGAUGCUAUGCUACAUGAGAUUUGUAUGUUAGUGACAGAUUUUCCUCAUCUCGGAGAAAACUCACAUCUGCUUACCACCUAUACUUGAAAUGGCAAAAGUGCAUGUUCAUUGCUUCCUUUUA